AUGGAAGGUAGCGACGAAAAACCACUUGGUAAAUUUGAGGAAGAUGAGGGAUAUGUUUAUCUGGCAGUAAGCAGAGAAGAAAGAGAUAGAAAUGCAGCUCAACCAUUUGAUUCCAAAAAGAACUGCUGGAUUCCAGACGCUGAAGAUGGCUUCGUGGCAGCGGAGAUCAAAUCGGCAACUGGUGAUAAAAUAACUGUAAUCACUGUUAAAGGCAAUGAAUUGACAGUGAAAAAAGAAGAGGUUCAAGAAAUGAAUCCUCCAAAAUUCCGAAAAACUGACGACAUGGCUAACUUGACGUUCUUGAACGAAGCAUCUGUUUUAAAUAACCUGAAAGAACGUUAUUACUCAAUGAUGAUCUAUACUUAUUCUGGUCUUUUCUGUGUGGUUAUCAACCCCUACAAACGACUGCCAAUCUACACAGAAAGCGUGAUCAGACAUUACAUGGGAAAACGAAGAACCGAAAUGCCUCCACAUUUGUUUGCAGUUUCUGAUGAAGCCUACAGAAACAUGGUAUUAGACAAAGAAAAUCAAUCAAUGUUGAUUACCGGAGAAUCUGGUGCAGGAAAAACAGAAAAUACUAAAAAAGUCAUUGCUUACUUUGCUAUCGUUGGUGCUACACAAAUGAAGAAAGAGGAAGGUCAAAAAGGGGGUACAUUGGAAGAACAAAUUGUAAAAACCAACCCAGUUCUUGAAGCGUUUGGUAAUGCAAAAACAGUGCGUAACAACAACUCAUCCCGUUUUGGCAAAUUUAUUCGAACUCAUUUCUCAGCACAAGGAAAAUUAGCGGGAGGAGACAUUGAGCACUAUCUGCUUGAAAAAUCCCGAGUUGUUAGGCAAGCUGCAGGAGAACGAAGUUAUCACAUCUUCUAUCAGAUAAUGUCUGGCUACCAUCCAAAACUUAGAGGUCAAGAUCUUCACCUCACGAACGAGUUACGAUAUUAUCAUUUUUCUUCACAAGCUGAACUGACAAUUGAUGGUGUUGAUGAUAAAGAAGAGAUGGGUAUUACACAGGAUGCUUUUGAUGUUAUGGGUUUUGAAGAUGAAGAAGUGCAGAAUUUAUACAGAAGUGUUGCUGGUAUAAUGCACAUGGGUGAAAUGAAAUUCAAACAACGUCCUCGUGAGGAACAGGCUGAAGCUGAUGGAAUUGAAGAUGCGACAAAUGCUGCUUUCUGCUUUGGUGUAGAUCCUGAAGAACUGGUAAAAGCACUAACAAAACCACGAGUCCGAGUUGGAACUGAAUGGGUGAACAAAGGACAGAACCUUGAUCAGGUUCACUGGGCCGUAGCUGGUCUUGCAAAAGCUAUUUAUGCAAGAAUGUUCACAUGGUUGAUUCAUCGUUGCAACAAAACUCUUGAUGCUAAAAAAGUAGAAAGAAAAUAUUUCAUUGGUGUCCUCGACAUUGCAGGCUUUGAAAUCUUUGACUUUAACUCCUUCGAACAACUUUGGAUCAAUUUUGUCAAUGAACGACUACAACAAUUUUUCAACCAUCAUAUGUUUGUCUUGGAACAAGAGGAGUACAAGCGAGAGGGCAUUGCGUGGACGUUCAUCGAUUUUGGUCUCGAUCUGCAAGCUUGUAUCGAACUUAUUGAAAAACCAUUAGGUAUCAUCUCAAUGCUAGAUGAAGAAUGUAUCGUACCUAAAGCCACAGAUAUGACCUACGUGCAGAAACUAAAUGACCAGCACUUAGGAAAGCAUCCAAACUUCCAGAAACCACGGCCACCUAAAGGAAAACAGGCCGAAGCUCAUUUUGCUAUCAUUCAUUACGCUGGAACGGUACGGUACAAUGCGACAAACUUUUUGGAAAAGAAUAAGGACCCCUUGAACGAUUCUGCAGUACAAGUUGUCAAACACUCAACGAACAAUGCUCUUAUCAACGAAAUUUGGAAGGAUUAUCAAACUCAAGAGGAAGCUGCUGAAGCUGCUAAAGCUGGAGUUGAAGGUGGAAGAAAGAAGGGAAAAUCAGCAUCAUUUAUGACCGUAUCCAUGAUCUACCGUGAAUCUCUGAAUAAUCUGAUGAACAUGCUGUAUCAAACUCAUCCACACUUCAUCCGUUGCAUUAUACCAAAUGAACAAAAAGCUAGCGGUGUUAUCGACUCAGCUUUGGUAUUAAACCAGUUAACAUGUAAUGGUGUACUAGAAGGUAUUCGUAUUUGCCGCAAAGGUUUCCCCAACAGAAUGCUUUAUCCCGAUUUUAAACAUCGUUAUGCUAUUCUUGCUGCUGAAGUUGCUAAAGAGGCAGACACCAAGAAGGCAACAAUUGCAAUCACAGAUGCUUUAUGCAAUCAAGGGAACCUUAAAGACGAAGAGUUCAAAGUCGGUGAAACAAAAAUAUUCUUCCGGGCAGGAAUCCUUGCUCGUCUCGAAGACUUAAGAGACGAAAAAGUUCGUAUUGUUAUCACCAACUUCCAAUCCCAUAUCAAAUGGUACUGUGCUCAGGCAGAACGCAAAAGGAGAUUGCAGCAACUCACCGGAUUGCUUGUCGUACAAAGAAAUGUCCGGCAGUGGUGCAUGUUGCGAACCUGGGAAUGGUUUAAGCUAUAUGGUAGAGUUAGACCAUUACUUAAAGCUGGCAAACAAUCUGAAGAAAUGGAAAAAUUAUCAGAAAAGAUUAAGGAGUUGGAAGAAAAUCUUGUCAAAGAAGAAUCUAACAGGAAGAACUUGGAAAUUGAAAUAGAAAAACUCAUCGGUGAGAAAAAUGAACUUGUUGAUUCGUUGGAGAAAGAAAAGCAAAAUUUAGCAGAAUCUCAGGAACAAGUUGCUCAACUGAAUUCUGCAAAAGCAGAUUUAGAACGCCAGUUGCAAGAUGUUGGCGACAGAAUUGCUGAUAUGGAAGAAAGGGCCAAUAACCUUGAGCGAACCAAAAAGAAGAGCGAAAAGGAUAUUGAAGACUUGAAGAAAAAGCUUCAGGAGAUGGAAGCAGCCCUGCGGAAGAGCGAAACAGAAAAGGCAGCCAAAGACCAGAAUAUUCGUUCCCUGCAAGAAGAGAUGGCUAAUCAAGAUGAGGGUCUGGCAAAACUCAACAAGGAAAGAAAGCACCAAGAAGAAGUCAACCGUAAACUGAUGGAAGACCUUCAAAUUGAAGAAGAUAAGGUUAAUUACAUGCAGAAGAUGAAAACAAAACUGGAACAACAACUCGAUGACAUGGAGGAAGCUGCAGAUCGUGAAAAACGAGUUAAACAAGACCUUGAAAAAGCUAAAAGGAAAGUGGAAGGAGACCUCAAAGUAGCCAACGAAAACAUUGAAGAAAUCACCAAACAGAAACAUGACGUCGAGAACAUGCUCAAAAAAAAAGAGGCCGAUCUUGCUGCUACGUCAACUAAACUUGAUGAAGAAGCAUCGCUUGUUAGCAAGCUUCAAAAACAAAUCAAGGAAUUAGAAACUAGGAUCUCUGAACUUCAAGAGGACCUGGAACAAGAACGUCAAGCACGCCAAAAAUCAGACCGUAAUCGCGGCGAACUGCAACGAGAACUUGAAGAUUUGGGACAAAGGCUCGACGAACAAGGUGGUGCCACUGCUGCUCAAAUUGAAAUCAAUAAACGGCGAGAAGCCGAAAUGGCUAAACUAAAACGUGACUUAGAGGAAAAUAACAUGAACCACGAAAUGCAAGUUGCUUCACUGCGUAAGAAGCAUAAUGAUGCUGUCGCAGAAUUGACUGAUCAGUUAGAACAAUUGCAAAAAAUGAAGGUCAAAGUUGAUAAGGACAAAGCCCAACUACUUCGUGAUUUGGAGGACGCAAAUGCAAAUGCUGAUGCGGAGAAUCGUCAGAAGCAAGAAUUUGAAAAGCAGGCUAAGAUGACUGAAAUGCAGCUUUCCGAACUGCAAGCAAAAGCCGAUGAACAGACCCGGCUUAUUAACGAUUUUACUGCGCUAAAAUCCCGGCUAACCAACGAAAAUGCAGAUUUAGCCCGCCAACUUGAGGAAAUGGAAAACCAGGUCAACAGCCUUCAUCGAUUAAAAACCCAACUCCUUAGCCAACUUGAGGAGGCAAAGCGCACAGCAGAAGAUGAAUCCAGGGAACGGCAGAGUUUAGCAGCUCUAGUGAAAAAUUUGGAACAUGAUAACGAGAAUCUCCGAAUUCAUGCCGAUGAAGAGGCGGAGGCUAAAGCAGAAUGUAUGCGCCAAAUGAGCAAGUUGAACGCAGAAAUUCAACAGUGGAAGGCCAAGUUCGAAGGAGAGGGCUUAGCACGAUUGGAAGAAAUUGAGGAAACCAAAAAAAAGCUUAUGCAAAAAGUUCAAGAGCUUACAGACGUUAAUGAAACAGCAAAUGCCAAAAUUGCGUCUCUUGAAAAAACACGGCAUAAACUCAUGGGUGACUUGGAUGAUGCACAGGUCGACGUUGAAAGAGCGGCAGCAUAUGCAGCAGCUUUGGAAAAGAAGCAAAAGGCGUUUGAUAAAAUCAUUGAAGAAUGGAAAAAGAAGUGCGAUGAUCUAGCGGCAGAACUUGACGCCGCUCAAAGGGACAAUAGAACACUUUCAACAGAACUUUUCAAGUCAAAGACUGCACAAGACGAACUGCUUGAACAAAUGGAAAGUCUCCGCCGUGAAAACAAGUCAUUGUCUAUUGAAAUCAAAGAUCUUACUGACCAACUUACCGAAGGUGGUCGCUCUGUACAUGAAUUACAAAAGAUGGUUCGCCGGCUAGAAUCAGAGAAAGAAGAAUUGCAAAAGGCCUUAGAAGAUUCAGAGGCAGCGUUAGAAGCUGAAGAAGCCAAGGUUAUGAGAGCGCAAGUCGAAGUAUCUCAAAUCAGAGCAGAAAUUGAAAAACGUAUCCAAGAAAAAGAAGAGGAAUUUGAGAAUACCAGAAAGAACCACCAAAGGGCACUGGAGAGUAUGCAGGCGACUCUCGAAAGUGAAACCAAAGCUAAGAAUGAAGCAUUACGCAUCAAGAAGAAACUUGAGCAAGACAUCAAUGAACUUGAAAUUGCGCUGGAUCACGCCAACAAGGCUAAUGCUGAUGCUCAAAGAAAUAUCAAACGUUAUCAAGAACAGAUCAGAGAACUACAACUACAAAUUGAGGAAGAACAAAGGCAGAAGGAAGACGUGGUUGAACAGCUUAAUACUGUCCAGAAACGAUGCUCAAUCCUUCAAGCCGAAAAGGACGAGCUUGUUAAUCAAGCUGAAGCAGCUGAGCGAGCUCGCCGUAAUGCUGAACAGGACGCCAUCGAACUUCGAGAGACUGUCAAUGAUCUCAGCAACCAAGUUAACGCAGUUAACAACACACGAAGAAAGCUCGAAGCAGAACUUCAAGCUCUUCAUAUGGAGCUAGAUGACUCAUUGACACAGCUCAAAACAGCAGAUGAAAUGCUGAAGACAGCCUCAGCGGACGCAGCAAGACUGGCUGAAGAACUUCGCCAAGAGCAAGAGCACUCACAACACAUUGAUAGAAUGAGAAGAGCUUUAGAAGCUCAAAUAAAGGAAAUGCAGGCAUACGACGCAGAAGCGGCUGCUCUCCGUGGAGGAAAGAAGAUUAUAGCCAAGCUAGAAGAACGUAUCCGUGCUUUGGAACAGGAACUUGACGCGGAACAACGCAAGAGCUCUGAUAUGGAGAAAGAAAUGAAGAAAGGUGAAAGACGCUGCGAAGAAGAUAGAAAGAAUUCAGAACGCCUUACAGAUCUGACAGAAAAACUGCAAGGAAAAAUUAAGGUCUUCAAACGUCAGGCGGAAGAAGCGGAAGAGGUAGCAGCGGUAAAUCUUGGUAAAUAUCGUCAACUGCAAGCGCAGAUUGAAGAUGCCAAUGAACGAGCUGAUAUAGCAGAAAAUUCGCUUGCUAAACUACGUUCAAAGAACCGGUCAGCUACGUUAGGCCCACUCGGAGUUAGUGCUAGCGCUAGCUUUAUUAGAAUGCCAUCCUCGUCGUCUCUCCAAGAGUAAAU